GCGAAAGCAUCUUCGUCUUCCUUUUUUUUUCAUUCUCAACACUUUGCUUUUGCUUCGUGAAGUGUCUUUAAUUAACUUUCCUUCUAAUUGGAAUAAAACUCGCUUCUUUCCUUCUUCUUCUUCUUCUUCUUCUUCUUCUUCUUCUUCUUCUUCUUCUUCUUCUUCCUCCUCUUUGCGUGUGGGUUUAUCUUCAAUCUUCAUCUAAUCUCCUGAUCUCGGCUUAAUUCUCUCCCAAUUCCCAUGUGAAAUCGAAUUUGCUUACCUCUCUCUGAUUUCUAGGUUUUGAUUGAGCCUCGAUUCUUCUUCCUAGAAUUACUUAUUCUCACUAUUUUUCCCGGGAAAAUUAUACCACAUGAUAUUGCUCUUCGUUCGUUACUAACUGAUUCCUCUGAGUGAAUCCAUAUUCUUCAGUCUUCUUCACCAAGUUUUAAGCUUUCGUUUUAAAUCCUCAAUUCAUAACUCAUGGGGAUUUGUCAUGGAAAACCCAUCGAACAGCAAUCGAGGAAUAGCCUCCCAGUUUCCGGCGAAGUCGAUGAAACUCCGACGGAUUCGCAGCCGGCGAAAUCCUCCGGCUUUCCGUUUUACAGCCCGAGCCCUUUACCUAGCCUAUUCAAAUCCUCACCGGCCAUAUCCUCGAGCGUGAGCUCAACGCCUCUUCGCAUCUUCAAGAGACCUUUCCCGCCUCCAUCUCCCGCAAAGCACAUACGCGCUUUCCUCGCGCGUCGCAGCGGCUCAACGAAGCCCAACGAGGCCUCGAUUCCUGAAGGUAAAGAAUUCGAGAUCGGUCUCGAUAAGAGUUUUGGGUUCUCGAAACAUUUCGCUUCACACUACGAGAUUGAUGGCGAGGUGGGUCGUGGUCAUUUUGGAUAUACUUGCUCUGCAAAAGGUAAAAAAGGCAGCUUGAAAGGUCAAGAAGUUGCUGUUAAAGUCAUUCCCAAAUCCAAGAUGACAACUGCAAUUGCAAUUGAGGAUGUUAGUAGAGAAGUGAAGAUAUUGCGGGCUUUGACUGGUCACAAAAACUUAGUCCAGUUCUAUGACGCGUUUGAAGAUGAUGAAAAUGUUUAUAUUGUGAUGGAGUUAUGCAAAGGUGGUGAACUCUUGGACAAAAUACUUCAAAGGGGUGGCAAAUACUCAGAAGAUGAUGCUAAAAAAGUUAUGGUUCAGAUUCUUAGUGUAGUAGCUUACUGUCAUCUACAAGGUGUGGUUCACCGUGACCUUAAACCCGAGAACUUUCUGUUCAGUACUAAGGACGAGUCGUCUCCUCUAAAAGCAAUUGACUUUGGUCUCUCUGAUUAUGUCAAGCCAGACGAGAGGUUGAAUGAUAUUGUAGGAAGUGCAUAUUACGUGGCCCCGGAAGUUUUACACCGUACAUACGGAACAGAAGCAGACAUGUGGAGUAUUGGAGUGAUUGCUUAUAUUCUUCUUUGUGGCAGUAGACCCUUUUGGGCCCGUACUGAAUCCGGAAUCUUUCGAGCUGUCCUUAAGGCAGAGCCCAAUUUUGAAGAAGCUCCUUGGCCAUCCCUUUCACCUGAUGCUGUAGAUUUUGUGAAAAGAUUGCUAAACAAAGAUUACCGUAAAAGACUAACUGCGGCCCAGGCUUUGUGUCAUCCGUGGCUAGUUGGCUCGCAUGAACUAAAGAUACCAUCUGAUAUGAUCAUAUACAAGCUUGUAAAAGUGUACAUAAUGUCUACUUCACUGAGAAAAUCAGCUUUAGCGGCUCUUGCUAAGACAUUGACUGUACCACAGUUAGCUUAUCUGCGGGAGCAAUUUACAUUGUUGGGGCCAAGCAAAAAUGGAUAUAUUUCGAUGCAGAACUACAAAACAGCAAUCUUAAAGAGCUCAACAGAUGCUACGAAGGAUUCACGAGUCUUAGAUUUUGUUCACAUGAUAAGUUGUCUUCAAUACAAGAAACUAGACUUUGAAGAGUUCUGUGCAUCAGCCUUAAGUGUUUAUCAGCUCGAAGCAAUGGAAACAUGGGAGCAACACGCACGUCGUGCUUACGAGUUGUUUGAGAAAGACGGGAAUAGACCUAUCAUGAUUGAGGAACUUGCAUCGGAACUUGGACUAGGGCCAUCAGUCCCUGUGCACGUUGUUCUCCAGGAUUGGAUAAGACAUUCGGAUGGGAAGCUUAGUUUCUUGGGUUUUGUCAGACUACUACACGGCGUGUCUUCUCGGACAUUACAGAAAGCUUGAGAGCAAUGACAUUGUUAGAUAAGAAAGAUGCAGCUAGCUGUAGAUCAUGGUUUCUUCUUUUUACCAUUUCUUUAUAGCUUUUUUUUUUUUUUCCUAUUCAAUCAUGGGUAAAGGUUUUGAGUCAAAGAUUCGAUAAUUAUGUCAGUGUGUGUAUUUCUGUGUGGUGGGGAAGGAAUGGGUUUCAGAUGAAGAGGAAUGUACAGAAUGAGACAUAUACUAUAUUCCAAUAUCUCUGUAACUUUGGUUUUUCUUAAGUCGGAACAAGAAUCUCUGCAUAAACUUAAUUUAUAUUAUCAAAGAUGUAACUACAGUUA